AUGCUGCACCGCAUCCCAGCGUACCGCGACCCCCUCGCGGAGGUCCUCAGCGAUGCGCUGAAGCGUGCGCUCGUUGUGUACCGUCGCGAGAUGGCCGCUGGUGUCUCCGUCGAGUUCGAGUGCCGCCUCGGCACCUUCUCCGCGUCGCGGCACACGUACACCCACCCGCUCCCCACCCACACAGCGACACCGGCGCUCUUGGAGGCGCAGCCGACGGCGCCGUUCUUCUUCUUUGCCGGUGUGGCGCAGCCGACGUUUGUCGCGCUGCACGAGGCGCUCAAGGCGGUGAGUGUGUCAGUGCCACCACGCUCCACGACGGUCCUCUCCGUGCGAACAGCAGGAACGGAGCGCCUCGAGUACUCGAUGAAUGAGGAGUGCAACAGCGGCAGCCUACUGGCGGCGGUGGAAAAGGAGCGUGUUUUCUCACAUGACGUGCGCUGCCCAUCGUGGGCGGCGGACUUUCGCGUAUCGGUGUCGCGCGAGAGAGUCCUCGACGCGCAGGCGUGGGGACCGGCAAAGUGGGAGGCCUUCACGCCCAACGUGUCGCGGCUGCGGCAGCGCAAGUCGGUGCGGGUCACGCCGCUGCUCGCUGUGGACAUCGCAAUGGUGCGCUCCUUCACCGACCACUCUCGCUUUUCACGGCCGUGGGGGGCGGAAGUGCGCGUGCCGUACAUCAGCGCCCCGCAGGUCUCGUUCGACGUGGAGUUGGAGAUCGACAUGCCGGCACUGCACCGCGCAGUGAAGCAGACACGGCUGCUGGACGCCACAGCGUGGCAUACCGCGCAGGAUGCACUCAGAGUUCUGCAGUUUCUCACAGUGAAGCGAGAGUGA